AUGGCAGGAAAUGAGACUGUAGAGUUUCGACACACUCAGAACAACAGAAUAGCUAUGGGUUGUAUGCUCGGACUUAUCUGUAUCAUCACUAUCAUCGGUAACUGUCUCGUGUUAUUGGCGAUCUCAACGUGUAGACACCUGCGGAGUAUCAGCAACCUGUUUAUCUGGAAUCUGGCGCUGGUCGACUUCAUUAUUGGGAUCUGCACAAUGCCCAUCACAGUGUUAGAUAUGGAGAACUUAGAGCAGCAAAUUAUUGAAUGUUUUACCCUCAGUUUGUGGACACUGGCAGCCUCCGCAGUUGACCGGUGUUUUGCGAUACUCCGCCCCUUUAAAUACAACAGAUUAAUGAACAAGAACAAAGCCAGGUGCAUGUUGGGGGCGGUAUGGUUACUGUCUCUAGGACUUGCUCUCUGUCCUGUCAUAGGUUGGGACAGCUAUGUUUACUCUUGGUUCAGUUUUAGUUGUGGAAUUAACCCAGCAGCUCAAGGCCGAGAUAGGUACUUCUUCUUGUUCUACACCCUACUAGCGCUGAUAAUGCCACUGGUAGUAGUUGUAGCCUGCUACAUUCCCAUCUACAUAGUCUCCCGCCGUGCUAACAAGAUACACGCCUCUCAGACACAGCCAGGUCACUCCAAACGACAGAUGCAGGCAGCGUUCCUAGUGAUAAUAAUAGUGAGCGUGUUCACUCUAACUACCCUCCCCAUCAUGACUGUGGGUAUGUUGAACUGGCUGAGAGUUAUUGACUCUAUUCCUCUCCUCGCUGCUAUCGUGUUCCAUAUUAUGCUCUACUCCAACUCAGCUCUCAACCCUAUCUUGUAUGGGGUCUUCAAUACUAGUUUUAGGCGGAUGUUUUCAUUAAAACGAACAUCGAGCAAAGAGCAGAACAGACGAAGUGUGCUAACCCUUCCGAUACAAGAAGAGAGUAGACCUCCCAGUACUAACGGGAGUAUGCUGUAA